AUGGUGUUUAAGGAUGAAGUGAGAGCCAAUAUCAAAAACCAAGGGGAAACCAUCAAAAGACUGGUGUCCCAAGUAGGGUAUCUAUCUCAACAAAUUCCCAAACCCACUGAUGGAUUUCUCAGCGACACAGAGAAGAAUCCAAGAGGAGAAACAAGGAAAGUGAGGUGGGAAGAAUGCAAGAUGAUCACCACAAGUGAUGAGAGGAGUAUGGAGGAAGUAGAACACCUCCAAGACAGUCCAAAGGAAAAUCAUGAAGAAAGAAACCAUGCACCCCAACCCACACUCAGGGAAGAGCUAAAGAAAAGGGAGAUCCUAAACCCAUAUGCACCCUUUCCCCAAAGGCUUAAGGGUGGUGUAGUAGGGAGAAUGUAUUCAAGGUUCCUCGACAUGUUUGCAUCUCUUGAUGUAAAUAUACCAUUCAUUAAUGCCCUCCAGCAAAUGCCCUCCUACAUCAAGUAUAUAAAGGAGCUACUUCCCAAAAAGAGUUCAUUGAAGGGUGGACAAACAAUAAAGAUGAAUAGGGAGUGCAGUGCUAUUAUCCAAACAGGGCCACCUACAAAGAAGAAAGAUCCAGGGAGUUUCCAUAUUCCCUGUGCUAUAGGAGAGACAAUGAUUGAUAAAGGGCUCUGUGACCUGGGAGCAAUAGGAGUGGUUGAGAAUGUGUUAGUGAAGGUUGGGAACUACUUUCUCCCCACAAACUUUGUUAUCUUGGAAAUGGAAGAGAAUCCUCUUCACCCCAUCAUUCUGGGAAGGCCAUUCUUAGCCACAGCCAGAGCACUUAUAGAUAUGGAGCGAAGGGAGCUAGUAUUGAGAAUACAUGAUGAACAGCUCACCUUUAAUGUUUUCAAACCCUCACAAGAAGCCAAUCAUGAUAACAAGGAGUCAGAGGAAGAGCACAAGAAAGAGUUGAUGAAAGAGCCAAACAAGGGAACACAAGUACCACAUCUGAAAACCCCAUUGGUAAUAACCAGUGUGAUCAGAAGGAGCAACAACCAAGUGUAA